AUGGAAAACAUCCGCGUGGGUUUCAUUGGUCUAGGAAAAAUGGGCUCGGCGUUAGCCUACGGCAUGGAAAAAUCCAACUUCAUCGGGAAGAAAAAUAUUUAUUACCACACACCACUGAAGAAGGACGUUCCCUUCGUUUACCUCCAAUCUAAUGAAUUGGUUGCCAAGACGUGCGAUGUAAUUGUGCUAGCCGUGAAACCAGACCUUGCUGGAAAAGUACUGCUGGAAAUUAAGGAAUGUGUAGGCUCUAAAUUGCUAAUCUCCAUUUGUGGUGGACUGAACUUGAAAACCCUGGAAGAGAUGGUUGGAGUGCCCGCGAAAAUUGUGAGAGUCAUGCCAAAUACCCCAUCCCUGGUUGGACAAGGUUGCCUUGUUUUCUGUGCAAAUAAUAAUGUAGACGCAACAGAUACACAAAAGGUAAUAGAUAUUUUCAGCGCAUGUGGAGUUAUACAAGAAAUAAAAGAAGACCAUAUGGAUAUAGCAACGGCCAUAUCUGGUUGUGGGCCCGCUUACGUUUUCUUAUUUAUUGAAAGUUUAAUUGAUGCGGGGGUUAAGAAUGGGCUAAAUAGAGAUGUAUCCAAACAACUGGUUCUGCAAACAAUCCUUGGAUCCGUUCAUAUGGUUAAGGCUUCGAAUCAGGCCGUCCAGCAACUGAAGGAUGAUGUAUGUUCCCCAGGUGGAAUUACCAUCGUAGGUUUGUCUACUCUGGAGAAACACGCAUUUAAAUAUACAGUCAUGGAUGCAGUAGAGAGUGCCUGCCAAAAGUCAAAGUCAAUGCACUGA